UAUUACUCAUUAUUGUAUUUUCCGUGGUUCGAUUUGUAGUAUACGUGAAUGUGAUUAUGGCCACUAAUAAUUAUUUCGGAUUUACACACGGAGGAACGCAAUAUGGCGCAACUACUGGCGCUUAUCAGGCGGGACAAGCUGGUUAUGCUGUAGCCACGCCAGCUACAGCUGCCGCAGCAACUUACGGUACCCAGAGAGCUACAGGCUACGACACUGCCUACCAAGCUGCUGCAGCUGCUUCUCAAGGGACUUAUGCUGCUGUAGGAACUGGUGCAACACCUGCAUAUGAAUAUGGAUAUGGACAAACAGCAGCAACAGGUUAUGCAAGUGGAUAUGAUCAAACUGCUGCAGCAGCUGCUGCUGCCGCUGCUGUAGCCAAACCUGCCACUUAUGCUACAACAUACACUCAAAGAGCUACCACACAGCAGGCACAACAAGUAGCUACAGCCGCCGUUGCAGCUGCGGCUGCUGCUAAACAGCCUACACAAUAUACAGCUACAUACCAACCUACUGUGACAGCAUAUCAAACUAAUUAUGCUCAACCUGCUGCACAAACUACUAUAGCAGCACAACCUACAACUCAAGCCAAACAACAGGCUAAUUCUACAACAACAUAUUCAGGAUAUGAUGCUGCACUUUAUUCAGCAGCGACAAUGUAUGUAGCCCAACAAUCUGGGGGCGCCCAACAGAAAACUGGAGCGUGGCAAAAUUACAAAAAAGCAGGAAUAGGAGCUAAAAGUAUUCGUCCCAAGGCACCGCCAAAACCUCAACAAUUACAUUAUUGUGAUGUGUGCAAAAUUAGUUGUGCUGGGCCUCAAACAUAUAGGGAACAUUUAGAAGGUCAAAAACAUAAGAAACGUGAAGCAGCCACCAAAAUGGCCGCUUCUGUAGCAGUAACUAGCCAAAAUCGCGCAGGAAAUUCAUUAAGGUGUCAGUUGUGUGAUGUUACUUGUACAGGUAAUGACGCAUACGCCGCCCAUAUACGUGGAGCUAAACAUCAAAAAGUAGUUCUACUUCACACCAAACUUGGUAAACCAAUACCACCUCAAGAACCCGAAGUUAUAGGUGGAGCCAAAAAAUCAGUUUCUUCAACACCGAAAAUUAAUUUUGUUGCCUCUGGAGGUUUGGGAGUGAAUUCUGGAAAUGGAGAAACUAUUAAAGAAGAGGAAGAAGAAACGCCAGAACCGGACAUUCAACCUGUUGGUCAAGAUUAUAUUGAAGAAAUUAAAAGUGACGAUGGAAAGGUAAUUAGUUUUAAUUGUAAACUAUGCGAAUGCCGGUUUAAUGAUCCGAAUGCUAAAGAAAUGCACAUGAAAGGCAGAAGACACAGAUUACAGUAUAAAAAGAAAGUAAAUCCAGAUCUUGUAGUUGAUGUUAAACCUUCCCUCAGACAAAGAAAAAUUCAAGAAGAGAAAAUGAGGAGAGCUGCAUUAAGAGAAGAAUUUUGGGCACGUCGUCAUUAUCCUGAUAUCAAUGAAGGUUUGUAUUGGGAUGAUCAUAGAAGAUAUGAAGAUGAAUAUAUGUCAAUGGUAGGGCAUGGAAAUAUGGGUCCUUAUCAAAGAAUGAGGCCAUUUCCCGGAGGACAAGCACCUUAUUUUCAGGGUGGAUUACCACGUAGGACAGAAUCUAGUGAUGACAAACACGUAAUGGCCCGACACGCUGAAAUUUAUCCUAAAGAUGAAGAACUCCAAGCUAUACAGCGCAUUGUUUCUCACACCGAAAGGGCUCUUAAAAUAGUGUCCGAUCUAUUGGGUGACGGAAAAGGUGCUAAAACUGAAGUCAAAACUGAGGAAAAAUCAGAACAUCAACAAAAAGAAGAUGGUCGCGACAAUCAACUAUUUUCCUUUCAACAGGGCGAUCAAAAUCGUAUUCUGAAAGGCGUUAUGCGUGUUGGUCAUCUCGCUAAAGGUCUUCUUUUGCGUGGUGACACAAACGUCGAAUUGGUCGUACUGUGCGCCGACAAACCUACUCUUACACUCUUAAAGAAAGUAGUGGAACAUUUACCAACAGCAUUAAAGCAAGUGGCGAAAGAACAAUCUUAUACUGUUGCAAUCAACGCCUCUGAAGCCGGUUUGAUUAUUGCAGGAGACAACUUAACGGUUCUGGUACAAUUCACGAGUCCAAUUAUUAGGGAACAGCAAGAAGCUGCGAGCGGUGGGUUCGACCGGGAUGUUCUCUCACGCGGCAAGUGUCUCCAGGCGCUGGCAGCCCUCAGACAUACCAAAUGGUUCCAGGCAAGAGCUUUGGGUCUACAUUCGUGCGUUAUCAUCAUCCGUAUCCUAAGAGAUUUAUGUCAAAGAGUUCCUACAUGGUCACCAUUGUCCCCAUGGGCUAUGGAAUUGCUUGCCGAAAAAGUUAUUUCAUCAGUUCCUGGUCAAUCGCAGUUGUCGCCUGGAGACGCGCUAAGAAGAGUUAUGGAAGCAGUGGCUAGUGGUUUACUGUUACCUGGUGGUCCUGGCUUGGCAGAUCCUUGUGAAAAAGACAAUCCAGAUGCGUCUGGUGCUUUGAAUGCACAACAAAGAGAAGAUUUGACGUGUUCUGCACAGUACGCCUUACGAUUAAUAGCAUAUAGGCAGAUAUUCAAGGUAUUGGGAAUGGAUCCUUUACCAGCCCCUCAAAAAGCAUUUCGUCGGGAUAGAUCUAUACGUAAACGGCGCCGUUCUGGAGGUGAACAGGAUGGUUCAGAAAGUGAUAGUGGUAAAAUGGUGAAGAUGCAGAUGUAAAAUAGUCCAAAUAAUUUAAAUUAUUUUUAAAAGUUCUAAGUAUUUUAAUGUAUAGGCAUUUUGUUUACAUAACUAAUGGAGUUUGUGAUUUAUUUUUGUUUUUUUUAUAUACAUAUAGUUUUUCCUUGUAUGUUUAAAAAUUUCUCUAUAAAAGUAUGUAUGGAAGUCAUUUUUAAAUAGUUUGAAUUUGACAGAAUGUUGUAUCUAGAGUUUGAGAACUACCCGUUCUAAAAUGAAUAUUAUUUCACAAA